GCCCUUGGACCGGAAGACAGUGCCUGGGGGAAGCCCUGUCUGUGAGCGGUCAGAACCUUCUGGUCCAGCGGAGAAGCUGCCCCCUUACCUGGACUUAUGACCCGCGGCUUCGCGCCCAGCCUACCCAGCGAGUUCCACAAGAUGGGCUCCUUCCGCAGGCCCCGACCUCGCUUCAUGAGCUCCCCAGUGCUCAGCGAUCUCCCCCGAUUCCAGGCAGCCCGGCAGGCUUUGCAGCUGAGCUCCAACUCCGCCUGGAACAGCGUCCAGACUGCCGUGAUCAACGUUUUUAAAGGCGGUGGCUUGCAAAGCAAUGAGCUGUAUGCCCUGAAUGAAAAUAUCAGGCGGCUGCUGAAGAGUGAGCUGGGAUCAUUCAUAUCUGACUAUUUCCAGAACCAGCUUCUUGCAAAAGGACUGUUGUUUGUGGAAGAGAAGAUUAAGCUGUGCGAAGGUGAAAAUCGCAUUGAGGUUCUGGCUGAAGUCUGGGACCACUUCUUCACUGAGACCCUCCCCACCCUGCAGGCCAUAUUUUAUCCAGUUCAGGGCCAGGAGCUGACCAUUCGCCAGAUCUCCCUGCUGGGCUUCCGUGACCUGGUCCUGCUGAAGGUGAAGCUGGGGGACUUGCUGCUGCUGUCACCAUCCCAGCUGCCCUCGUCCAUCGUGCAGAUGCUGCUCAUCCUGCAGAGCGUUCACGAGCCCACGGGCCCCAGUGAGGGUUACCUGCAGCUGGAGGAGCUGGUGAAGCAAGUGGUGUCUCCCUUCCUUGGCAUCAGCGAGGAGCGAGGCCUCCCGGGCCCCACCUUUGCACUGGCCCGGCGCCACUCCAGGGUCCGACCCAAGGCCAGUCUGCUGAACUCCGGCUCCCCAGCGCCGGCCGCCCGGCGACCCCCUCCCGACUCAGCGCUGAGUCCACUCACGGAGCAGGAGGGCGAGGCCUACCUGGAGAAGUGCGGCAGCGUGAGGCGCCACACGGUGGCCAACGCGCACUCGGACAUCCAGCUGCUGGCCAUGGCCAGCGUGUCGCAUCCGGGCCUGGGCGCUGAGCCGGGCAGCGGCAGCGGCAGCAGCGGGGAGGAGCAGCGGCGCCUGCUGCGGCCACCCAACUUCCCCCCGGCCCACCGGCAGUGCUCCAGCGAGCCCAACAUCACCGACGGCCCCGACGCCUGCUGCCCGCUGGACCAGGCGGUGGGCGGCGAGCAGGAGGGCUCCGACCUCAACUGUGCGUCCCUCAGCUGAGGCCCCGCCGCGGGCUCGCCCUGGCGGUGCCAGGCUGAGAUUGGCACUGUCCGUCCUCUGUCCACCCACCGCCCUGUGCGUGGCCUAGGGGCAAUGCUACUUUGUUCCUUUGAGGUGCGGGGUGGGGUGGAGUG